UUUUCCCAACUUCUAGUGUUUUGUUCUCCAUUCGUUGGAAUGAAAAACAAAUAAGCUCCAUUUUGAUUCUGCUCUCAAAUCUGUCAAUUCCGCUCGAAGAAACCGAAUUUUGGUACCAAAUUAAUCGUCGGAACCCUCUUCUCCGACCACGUCUCCGUCAAAAUUGGUUAUCUCCCAACCAGAAUCAUUAAUUCCUCCGUUUCCCCACAAGGAUUAAAUUCCAGUUGCAGCCUCCGAUCCAGUUCAUAGCCCUCAGUUCCUCUUCGUCCGCCUGUUUUUGAACUGUCGGCGAUGUCGAACUGCGCCGUGGAGUCGUGUAAAGUCGAGACCAGUGAUGGGGUGAAGCUCCACGCGAGGGUUUUCAAGCCGAAAGAUGAGGAGGCGAGGGAAAAUCUGGUGGUUGUUCUGGUCCAUCCCUAUUCCGUUUUGGGUGGUUGUCAAGGGCUCUUGAGAGGAAUAGCCGCUGGAUUGGCGGAGAGGGGUUUUAGGGCUGUGACUUUUGACAUGAGGGGUGCUGGGAAAUCGUCUGGAAAGGCUUCUCUCACUGGAUUUGCGGAAAUUAAGGAUGUCACUGCUGUCUGCAAGUGGGUCUGUGAGAAUUUGUCUGUUGAUCGAAUCUUGUUGGUGGGUUCAUCUGCAGGCGCCCCCAUUGCUGGCUCAUCUGUGGAUUUGAUAGAACAAGUGGUAGGCUAUGUUAGCCUUGGCUACCCGUUCGGUCUAACAGCCUCGAUUCUUUUCGGUAGACAUCACAAAGCCAUUUUACAGUCUCCAAAACCAAAGCUUUUCGUAAUGGGGACACGGGACGGAUUCACAAGUGUGAAGCAAUUGAAGAACAAGUUAAGUUCUGCAGUGGGACGUGUCGAAACACAUCUAAUAGAAGGUGUGAGCCACUUUGAAAUGGAAGGCCCUUCAUAUGAUGCUCAAAUGGUGAAUCUUAUCCUUCAUUUUAUAUCUUCUUUGUAGGAUUCAUACUUUUGUUCAGAAUAUUUGUGGGAACAAACCCACCCUUUGUUGCCAUUGUGGAUCAGGCUCUGUAAUAUUAACUUCUUGUGUGUACUGCAGGAAAAUUAGAGGUUUUGGCUCAA